AUGACGCCGGAGUACAUUGAGGUGGCCGUCCCCCUGCAGCAGCAGCCCGUGUACCAGCAGCCGCUGUACCAGCAGCCUGUGUACCAGCAGCCGCUGGUGCAGCAGCCGCUGGUGAUGGCGGCACCCGUGCAGCAGGCCCCGCCGCCGCCGCCGCCGCCGCCGCCGCAGAUUGUGCACGAGGUGAUCAAACACCACGUGGUGAAGGAGCCCGCGGUGACCCGCGUCGUUAAGCAUAACGUACCCGUGCCCCGCUUCGUGCCCGUGCGGCACGAGGUGCCCAUCCCCAGUCCCGUGUACGUGACCAAGUACCGCGAGAAACCGGUGCUGUACACCCACUUUAAGAAGUACCCCGUGUACGUGACCAAGUACGUGCAGCGGCCGGUGUACGUCACCAAGUACGUGGAGCGGCCGAGCACGGGGUACGGAUCGCCACCGCCGUACCACGGGGGCAAGUCUGUGUACGUAGCGGCCCCGUCCUACGCGUAUUCCCCCGCCCCAGCUUACCAUGCCAGCUAUGUGCAGCCUUACGUCCAGCAGCCUAUCGUCCAGCAGCCUAUUGUCCAGCAGCCCAUCAUCCAGCAGCCCAUCUACGUGCCGGCUGCCCCCCAGCCGAUCGUGCAGCGGCUGCCACCGCCGUCGCCGCCGCCGCCUCCGAUCUACUAUGAGAUCACCAAAACGCACGUGGUGACAAAGACGAAAUAUGUGACCAAAUACGAGGAGAAGCCGGUGAUCGUCGAUCGUCACCACCCUGUGUACGUUACCGUCACCAAGUACGAGGACCGGCCGUCGGCGGCGUACGGUCCCCCGCACCACGGGUACGCGAAGCGCUCCCUCAGCUUGGAAACGCCCUACUCGGACUCAUACCAGACGGACGCCGGAUCCGAGUCCGGGCGGGCCACGCCCCAAAUCACCGCUCGAGCCGCACGGUUCACAAACCAGGGCCCUUCACAGACUCCCUAG